CUUCAAGUAGUGUCCACAGCGCCAAAAGUCAUGCAACUAGCCACAACUCUUCGGGGUCAUUGAGCUCAAAGAAAACAAAGGCCUCAAAUUAUCGAACUGUUGACAAGAAAUCUGUUGUGGAUGAGGGCCUGUUUGGAGAUCCGCAACGUCUUAAAGAUAAACAGGUGGGAUAAUCCUAACAAAUAAGAAUAAACAGACACAUUAAGAACAAUCGAAGUGGGUGGAUCUGUGGCAGCGAAGAGCAGGAACCCGAAAUAAUUGUAUCACGUCCUUCCCUUUCGAAGCAAGAAUGCGAACGGGAGCGCAUAUUUUUGAAGAAUAAGCGCAUAAGACAUGUUGCUUCUGACCUUAUCCGUGAGCUCAUGUAAGGAUCUCCACGGUAUCAUACCUUUUUAGAGUCCCAUCGGAUGAACCAAACGCAAAAUCGAUCAUUCUCACGAAGGACAAAUAUGACGAAUUGACGCAAAAAGCGAAAAUCAUCACUGAAGCAGAUGAAAAGGAAGCGGCAAGGAGAGCGAAAGAGCUGAACGAAGCAAACGCCGCGGCUUCCCAGGCUCGAAAGGAACAGAUGCACCAGUAUGACUUGGCCCGUACGAAGAAUGAAAAAUUGACAGAUUUGGAAGAGGAAGCCCGGAAGCAAGCCGAAGUUCUCCUGCAGAAGGCCUUGGAGCAAAGACAGGAUCAAGAAGAUGAGAUUCGGGCUUUGAACGAAUUGAUUUUAAACGCAAAAAUACAAGCAAUCCGUGAUGAACAGAUUUUGGAGAAGAAACAAAUUCAAAAGGAGUUGAAUGAGGAGGAAUUAAGAUUGGACAAUAUGAUGGAACUUGAAAGGCAAAACGCUAUCCGUAUUCAAGAGGAGAUUGAUAAACAAAGACAGGAACAGGAGAUGCUUGGAGCCUGUGAAGUCCUCAAUCAGAUUCAACAAAAUCGGCAGGAUCGGUUACUGGAACUCGAACGAAAUGAGCAAGAAAACGCUCUGGUGCAACAGAGGAUUAGCGAAGAACUAAUGAAAGAAAUUGCAAACCGAGAGGUUAAACGGCAAAUGCAAAACAAAAUUCGUAUGGACCUAAAUGAGGCAAACGAGGCCAUGCGCAAGCACCGAGAAGAGGAGAAAGAAAGGGAUCGUUUGUUCGAUCUGAAGAUUUUAGAAAUUCAAAGGCAGAAGGCUGAACGGGAAGCUGCAUACGAAGCUGAACAAGCACAAGUGCGGUUGGAAAAGGAGUUGGAAAUCGCCCGUCUACGAGCACUCCAAGAAAGAGCCUCUGAUGAGGCUGCCGAAAGAGAUGCUUUGAGAGCAAAGCGGGCUGCAGAAGCCAGGGAACGGGAAUGGCGUCGGAAGGAGAGGGCAGAUGCCCUGAAAAAGAAAGAGACUGAGGACGAACUUAAGAGGGCGAGAAUCGCCCGGCGGAAGAGNGUUUACUGGCCAUUGAGGCUGGACGAGAACUUUGGAUUACGGAAAAAAUUUCAAUGUGAACCGAUUGUUUGCAUAAUUGAUUUCAGACGACAGAAAGAACUAAUGGAAAACGAUCAGCGGGAGCGGGCCGAAGCAGACCAGAAGAACAAGAAAUAUGCUGAGGAAAUUCGGAAACAGAUAUGUCUGAAGGAACAAGAACGGAUUGCAGAGAGGAAUGCCUUCUUUGAAGAAGGCGUUCGGUUGGAGGAAGAGUCUAGGCUACGCCGAAUGCGUUUGGCAGAAGCAAAAGAAAGAAAGUUACGGGAACUAAGGGAGGCCGGAAUUCCAGAAAAAUAUCUGCACCAAGUAGAACGAAAAGUUCUUCACAUGGGCUCCGUAGAAAAGAGCUGAAAAUUUCCCCAAUCAACUGAGAUAACUGCUCUUCUUUGAAAGGCCUGCGAUCUUUGAAACCCCCCUGUCACUAGGACGUACUGCAUUGAAUUUCAGAUCGAAAUGUCGCCAGAACACUCAUAUGUGCCCCAAAAGCUAUCCCUCUCUUCAAUCAACUAAUGAACGGCGCUGGGUAUCAGUAUCAAUAAAUAC